UGCACACAUGUAAUGCGGGAGAAAUGGGGCUCUAUUUUAAGAGUCGUCGGUUGGUAGGUUCAGAUGGAAAAUCGUCUAAAUCGCUGGAAGGAAAUCUGAUAGAAAAUAAUUGUGUUGCUUUUGGAGUUUUUUUUAUUUUAAAUUGAGCUGUCUUCUCUUCUGGGGUAAAUUAAAACAAAGAUAUGAUGAAGGGAGAAAAAAAACCAGCACUAUGGGAUCUAAAUAUUUUUGGGAUUAUUUUCAAGACCUUUGAGCACAGUUAUUUUUUUAGUGAUUAAGUAGAAAUAAGCAGGGGGUAACAGUUGUUUUUGUUGCCUGUUGAUGUUACUUAAAAGGCUUUCUAUUUGAUAAUGUAUUAUUAUGUGAGUCCUCUGUUUUAUGCCCUAGAUGAGUAUUCAAAGGUUUUACAGUCGUAUGAAGAUUAGAAUGCCUACCCCAUGGCAUAGAGCCUCAACGGCACAGUGUAGUGUACUGCAUUUGAACCCUACAGAAUUUGCUUAAAGUUUACUGCAGCCACCAGCCCUCUAUGGAACCUAUCAAGUACAGCAGUGCAAUCUCUUUUAUACGUUUGUUUCUUGGCAAGACAUUUUUAGAUAAAAAAAAAAAAAAAUGAUAAAUGAACCAGAUAAUUUCCCUUGACAAUGCAAAUGUAAAAGGCCAAAUGUGUGUCAAAAUGUUUGUAUUUUUGCUUGCAUAUGUGUGUAUAUAUGUGAUUGUGUAUACGUGUGUAUACGUGUGUGUCUGUGUGUGUGUGAGAGAGAGAGAGUGUAUUACAUGUUUGUACACAAGCACAUAUGUAUUCCUUUGGCCUCAUGGCCAAUCAUAUACCCAGGGGCAGGCGUUAAGGGAAAGCUUAAGCAGGGGCGGGCCUCUGGCUUGACAGGUUACCACGACCCAAACUAUAAUUAGUCUGCCACCCUUCUGCGGAAACCAAACAGCUGACAUUUCUAUUUCAGCCCUUGGAUCCAGCCCUCCAGCUCCGGUGCCUUUGUGUUCUAUUCACCCAUGGUGUUAUGGUGGGUGGGCUUCUGCCACCUGCAAGCAGCUCAGAGCCGCUAGAGCCAAGAUGGAGGCCGGUGACGAGAUGGUGAUCCGGCUUCCUGGUCACUCCAAUUCGCCUGGUCAUGGGUUCGGGGAAACUGUGGUGCUGCGGCCCAAAGAGGUUCACCACUUCUUCUUUGUGCCCUUCAGGGAGCAGCCGAUCUACAGCACUCGUGCGCACGUCUUCCAGAUCGACCCCAGCACCAAGAAGAACUGGGUGCCCACCAGUAAGCAUGCUGUCACUGUCUCCUACUUCUACGACAGCACCAGGAAUGUCUACAGAAUUAUCAGUCUGGAUGGGACUAAGGCAAUAAUAAACAGCACUAUCACCCCAAACAUGAAUUUUACCAAGACGUCACAGAAGUUUGGCCAGUGGGCUGACAGCCGUGCCAACACAGUGUAUGGGCUGGGCUUCUCUACGGAGCGCCACUUGACAAAGUUCGCAGAUAAAUUUGCUGAGUAUAAGGAAGCAGCACGGCUAGCUAAGGAGAAGUCCUCAGAGAAGAUGGAGCUGGCUAGCUCUCCCUCUCAGGAAUCAGCACCAGGAGAUAUACAGUCACCUUUGACCCCUGAGAGUAUUAACGGGGACGACGCAGCCAUGUCACCCCAAGAAGUCCCCACCCCCACCCUUGAGUCGCUGCCCGAGCCAGCACCGAUCCCACAGUCUUUCACACACAGCCCCACAAUCACCAAGCACUGGGAGGCAGAGCUGGCGGCGCUGAAAGGCAACAAUGCCAAGCUGACGGCCGCCCUCCUCGAAUCCACCGCCAACGUCAAGCAGUGGAAACAACAGCUGGCAGCUUAUCAAGACGAGGCCGAGAGGCUGCACAAAAGGGUGACGGAACUGGAGUGUAUGAGCGGCCAGACAAAUGUGAUCAAAUCCCAGAAGACUGAGCUGAAUCAAACAAUAGAGGAGCUGGAGGCCGCUUUAAAGGAUAAAGAGGAGGAAAUUGAAAGAUUGAAAGAGGAAGUGGACAGGAGUAAGGAGCUACUGGAACAGAGAGAUUCUCUUGCUCAAAAAUUACAGGAGACAGACCUGCGCAACAAGGAGCUGGAGGGGCAACUGUGUGCCCUGGAGCAACGUCUUGACAACAGCCAAGUGGAGCAGGAGACCUUCCGCAAGGACCUCAAGACGCUGCUGGAGAUUCUGGAUGGAAAGAUCUUCGAGCUGACCGAGCUGCGGGACAACCUGGCCAAGCUCAUCGAGAGCAACUAGAGCGAAAUCCUCAGACAAACCAAUCACCACUCAGAAACAUGGUCAUCCAACUCCCAAAACCAAUGCGUCACAAGGUGCAAGAUUUGACGUGGUCCUGCCUUUUUUUUCUCUCCUUUUCAGAAUAAUAUGAUUGCACCAAAUAUGCAGCACAUGAAAACAUAGAGAUAAAUUAGAGUAGAAUUUCCCUGAUGGGCACUUGCCUUUAUAUCUGUGCCCCUUAAACUCUUUUAAACUCUUCAAUCUAUUAUUUACUUUAUUCAGUCUUCAAAAUGUACUUGGCCUGUUUGUUUCUCCUCUUAAUCAAUGCUCUCCAGUUGAUGCACUGUGCUUAAGAGUCUCAAUGGUGGUAGAGGAGAUGAACCAUGCUGCUAAGGAAAACGCAUCGAUGGCUGACUGUGAACCUCUUCAGUGACACAGUUUUCAUGAUCCCAGAGCCAUGUGUUGUAGCCAGACGUGAACGGCUUGCUCUCUUGCUGACCUUAAAGAACUGCCUCUUUGUCCCUUCUCAAAGGCGGAGGGUAAUAAGUCGCCAAUGCAUCGCAUCAACUUCUGGAAAUGUCACCUUAUUAUGACAUGUGGAUGUGAGGUGAAACACAAGCCUGUAUGUUCCGAGCAAUACCAGGUGGGGCCUCAGAUCCAUCGUUUUAGUUCGAACUGUCAGGUAUUCAGUUCCUGUGGUUACCUGCUGUUGGCCCACACAGAUGAGACUGACUCAUUCUGACGGUAAAACAGUUUUCUUUUCCCUGUUUGUGUUUUUAUAUACAAACUAUAUUUAUACUGGACUUGUGCGGGUGAACCUGAAUCUUUUUGCUGCUCUUGUAAAAGCAGUGGCAACACUGGACUCUGCUAUUUUGGACUGACAUCUUAAUAUCAGAUAUCUUGAUCUUGUAUAUCAAAUGUAUUAAUGAAAGGUUCCAUUUGGUUACCUUCAAAAUAUUUAUUUUUUAGAGGUACAAUAUUAUGAACUGAAUGAUUUGACCAUUUGUAAUAGCAUUAAAUGAGAAUGAGUGAGACUGCUGUGUAGGCUAAGUAUCAGAAAUGAAAAAAUGAUGAUUCAGGAAAUAUAUAUAUGAUGUUUACCAAAUAUGGUUUCCUGGAAAGUAAAAUGAAGCCAUUAACAAUGUAGAGAUAUCAUAGCCCUGCUCUGUUUACUGUUGUUCAAUAUACGAGAAAAAUAAAUGAAAGCACUUGUGGGUUGUAUUACAACUGA